AUGAUGAUGUUGAAUAUUGCCUUCCCCGUCGUGGCACUGUUGUUGGCCACGUUUGCCCAACCUGCUCAAGCAUGCAACCCCUUGACGACCCAGGGAUGCUCCCCCGUGCCUGCCCUAGGCGGCUCCAUGCGAGAAACUUUCCAGAAUGGCCUCGGUCCCUAUUUCAACAAUCAGAACCACCCGGGCUCAGUCACCACCGGCAGCGAUGGCCUCUCGAUAACACUAGAACAGCGAUUCCAGUACCCCGGGAUCGUCUCCAAUUUCUAUAUGAUGUUCGGCUACGUCGAAGUGGUGAUGAAAGCGGCUCCAGGACAAGGCAUCGUCUCCUCUUUUUUCCUCCAAAGUGACGAUCUAGACGAGAUCGACAUCGAGCUCUUUGGCGGCGACAACUACGAGUUCCAGUCCAACUACUUCGUCAAGGGGUCCACUACUACCUACGACCGCGGCGAAUACCACGAUAUCCAUAACCCCGUGGGCCAAUACAACAGCUAUGUUCUCGAUUGGAACUCGGAGAGAUUGAACUGGAUCUUCAACAAGCAAGUGAUGAGAACGUUGCACAAGGAUGGACCCCAGGGAUAUCCGCAGUCGCCCAUGAAGAUAUUCGCUGGAAUAUGGGCUGGUGGCGACCCAAGUAAUGCCCCCGGCACAAUCGCGUGGGCCGGUGGAAAUCCCGACUAUAGCCAGGCGCCGUUCUCGAUGCACAUUCAGUCGAUUACUGCCAUCGACUACUCGACUGGGGAUAGCUAUUCUUAUAGUGACCAAUCGGGAUUAUGGACUUCGAUUCGGGCUGAAAAUGGACAGGUUAAUGGGAGACAGCUGGAGGGAGAGCGCGAGGCUCAGCAGGUGGCUAGUGGCGGCAGCAUUGCUUCAAAUGCGGCUGUUCAUUCCCUCAGCUCAUCGGAUGAAAGCUCGUCUUCAUCUAGCGCCUCGCCAUCACCAUCAGAAUUGUCGUCGUCGUCAGAGUCGUCAUCAUCGAGCACAGCAGCAUCUAGCCUGGCUUUGUCGUCAUCAUCGUCGAGCGCUUCGGUAUCUAGCUCGAUUUUGUCACUGUCAUCGCAAACGAGCUCAGCUGUGUCGUCUCCUACUUCCUCACCCUCAAGCUCUUCAAGCUCAGCUCCUUCAACAACAACAACAACAUCAUCAUCAUCAUCAUCAUCAUCAUCAGAGACCGCCACUGCCGGUCUGCUGGUUUCUACAACUGCAUCUUCUACAACUACAACUCAAACAUCCACCUCUACAGCCCCUUCUGUUUCAUCAGCAUCGGAAGGAUCCGGCGCAAUCGCUACCUCUUUCUCGUUUGAAAGUUUCGCGUGGUUGGCCUUGCUGUCGGUGUUUAUGAUUGCCUUGUAG